AACUUUGGCAUGUCUGAUUCGUGUUUUCCUUCGAUUUAGUCAAAAUUGUAAAUAACACUGAACACACCGUUUUACGUGAAAAUGUCCAAUUUAGUGAGAAGAAUUAUAUCUACCAUAAAGGCUCCUGCACCGUUAGGAGGAGCUCCAUAUAAUCAAGCAGUCGUUUUCAAUGACGUUGUGUAUCUAUCAGGGGUUGUGGGGAUGAAUGCGAAUACCAAUAAAUUGGUGGAUGGUGGAGCAGCAGCUGAAGCCCAGCAGUCGUUGAAGAAUAUCGGCCACAUACUGGAAGCUGCAGGUUCUUCUUAUGCCAAUGUCCUCAAAAGUACGAUUAUGCUAAGAAAUAUUGAUGACUUUGGACCUGUUAAUGAAGUCUAUAAACAAUUUUUCAAAAAAGACUACCCAGCUCGAUCAACAUUCCAAGUUGGUAAACUGCCUAUCAACGCUGCAGUUGAAAUCGAAGUGAUCGCAGCCAUUGGUAAUAUAAAAACAGUAACUUCAAAAUUGUAGAAAACUCAACUUGUCUUUAGAAUUUAUAGGAUGUAACGACCACUGAUUUCGUCUGUAAUAAAAGCGAUAUCUACAAA